GCAUAGCAUAGCAUAGCGCAGUGGCGCUUGAGUAGGCGUAGGAUGCGGCAGCGGCAAUAGCUCCUCACAGCAUGGCCUCGGUCGCCGCUUGGCUGCCGUUUGCCCGGGCGGCGGCCAUCGGCUGGGUGCCCAUUGCCAGCCAUCCCCUGCCUCCUCCGCCCGUGCCCAAGGACCGUCGCAAGGCUGAUGACGAGAAACUGCUUAUCAACGUGUCUGGUCGUCGCUUCGAGACUUGGCGUAACACGCUCGAAAAGUAUCCUGACACUUUGCUCGGCUCCAAUGAGCGCGAAUUUUUCUUCGACGAAGAAUGCAAAGAGUACUUCUUCGACCGCGAUCCUGACAUAUUUCGACACAUCCUCAACUACUACCGCACCGGCAAGUUGCAUUAUCCGAAGCAUGAGUGCCUGACGAGCUAUGAUGAGGAGCUGGCCUUCUUCGGUAUUCUGCCCGAUGUGAUUGGUGACUGCUGCUAUGAGGACUACCGAGACCGCAAGCGGGAGAACGCCGAACGUCUGAUGGACGACAAGCUCUCGGAGAAUGGCGAUCAGAAUCUGCCACAGCUGACCGACAUCCGACAGAAGAUGUGGAGAGCCUUCGAGAACCCACACACGUCGACAGCGGCACUGGUGUUCUACUAUGUGACGGGCUUCUUCAUCGCGGUGUCAGUGAUGGCAAACGUGGUGGAGACGGUGCCGUGUGGCCACCGACCGGGUCGUGCUGGCACGCUACCCUGUGGCGAGCGCUACAAGAUCGUGUUCUUCUGCUUGGACACAGCCUGUGUGAUGAUCUUCACAGCAGAGUACUUGCUGCGACUGUUCGCCGCUCCCGACCGCUGCAAGUUCGUGCGUAGCGUGAUGUCGAUCAUCGACGUGGUGGCCAUUUUGCCGUACUACAUUGGCCUCGGCAUCACUGACAACGACGACGUGUCUGGGGCUUUUGUCACGCUGCGAGUUUUUCGCGUGUUCAGAAUUUUCAAGUUCUCCCGUCACUCGCAGGGUCUUCGAAUUCUAGGCUACACACUGAAAUCGUGUGCUUCCGAACUCGGCUUCCUCGUGUUCUCGUUGGCCAUGGCCAUCAUUAUUUUUGCCACGGUCAUGUUCUACGCAGAAAAGAAUGUCGAUGGCACUAACUUCACAUCGAUUCCGGCCGCCUUCUGGUACACCAUUGUCACUAUGACCACCUUGGGGUACGGAGACAUGGUACCAGAAACAAUCGCCGGUAAAAUAGUGGGUGGAGUCUGUUCAUUGUCAGGAGUGCUUGUCAUAGCAUUGCCCGUACCUGUUAUUGUGUCCAACUUCAGCAGAAUAUACCACCAGAAUCAAAGGGCUGACAAGCGCAAAGCUCAAAGGAAAGCACGUCUGGCUCGCAUCAGAAUCGCAAAAGCGUCUUCUGGAGCGGCCUUCGUCAGCAAAAAGAAAGCAGCUGAAGCCAGACUGGCUGCUCAAGAGUCCGGUAUGGAGAUGGACGAGAACUAUCGCGAAGAGGAUAUCUUCGAGUUGCAGCAUCAUCAUUUAUUACGCUGCCUAGAGAAGACUACGGACAGGGAGUUUGUGGAGCUGGAGGUGCCGUACAAUGGUCAGCCGAAAAGGCCAGGAUCGCCAUCUCCGCUGAUCAGUCCGACCCACUCGGCGGGGAGUCGGACAGGGCUGCUUCACUCCUGCUGUGGUCGCUGCUGUGGGCAACGUUACCAGACGGUGCCAGUAUUCCAGCGUGAGACAAUUCAACAAGAAGAACUUGACGAGGCUUCCUUUUAACCCAACCCUUCCCGAUCUCAUGAGUUUGGGCAAUAAUUAAAAUGAAUAGCAAUCGACAAUAACACAUCCCAAGUCACAACAAUGUGUUUCAACUUAUCCGCGAGUCGGCGCUAACGGAAAGAAAAUCUCUUGAAAAACACAAUAUAAUUUCAAAUCCAAUAAAACACAAUCACAAACACGGCAUCUAUUAUCGGUAGCUCGACAACUAGAUUAGUUUAGGCUUUUGAUCUGUGCGUUUCGUUAUUUUAAUUACCGAAAAACUAAUUUGUGCUACAACUAUUACAACAUCCGACUCUGUUAAAUCGCGAAUAGAUGAAAAUUUGUCAAAUCUAUUACAAAUAAUUAUAACCUGUUGACAUAUGACCAGAGAGUAUGGAAUGUUAUUCUAUUACAGUCCAUACUCUCUGUACGUGACUUGAUUGUCAUUAUUUGUUGUUCGUUUCAAGUCUUACCUUCGCAUAAUUAUUAUGACUAUUACUCCAGGAAUAGUCAAUACUUAGUUACAUUUUCAAGUCAAUAAUUAACAAAGGUCAAUGAGAAAGCAGGAAGCAGGCCUUCUAGUCCAAAUGUUGUCGUUCUAGACUCCAUGAGAUUCAACAGUAUAGCCUACCUACCAUUAUUUAUAGUAAUCCAUCCGUCUAUUUAGUCUAAUUCACCGCAAAUAUAGGCGUAUGUAUACGAGGAAUAUAUUUUAUAUGGUAGUUUGAUUCAAAGCUCAUAGUUAAAACACGAGUCUAUCAUGAUUAAUACGAAGCAAGCGUGAAUAAAUCAAGUUUCAGUCAUUUUACAAAUACACAAUAAGUGUCUCUUUGUCUUGAAUGAACUGGAAUAAGCUCUCCCGCACCUGGUAUUUACGGUGAACACAACUUAAAGUCAACCUAUAAAGAGAAAAAUAUUAAUAAACCUUUUUUUUGCAAAUAUUAUUCCAUACCUUGAACCUGUCACAAAAUCGAUCUGAAGGCCUAAACCCAGCAACCACUUAAUGCAUUGACUUUUAUCAUACAUUAUUUAUAGUUUGCUACAUUACGACUUUGUAUUACGUGGAAGCACCGCAAUCUGAACAUGAAAUAUUCGACCAUAGACGAAAGAUGAUUAUCGAUACAGUUUUACAUAGGUACUAUGAACUUCAAGAAUAGCAGAGGCCUACUAGAAAGGGUUGACGAAAAGUUUGUAAACAGCUCAAUAUUUCCUUUACAGGUGAAAUAUGACGAUAGGUCUGAUUGGGGAUCCUAUUAAAAGAAAAAACACACUUUUCGUUACAUCAAAAUUUUGUUCCGUCAUCUUGGAAUUGCCAUUUUGGAUCCAAAUUAUUUUUUUUCAAACGGGAAGGGUGUCAUCUGAUACAUGAUUUCGAUACAGAUUUUCAAAAGAAAAUGAAUGACUGAGACCGCACAUCGAUAUCUCAAAUCGUUUAAAAGUUAUCCACAUUCUACAAUAAAUCAUACAGAAAUGGAAUAGAUGAUUAGGUUGAAAAUCUGACUGAUUAAACUUUUCUGUUCAAAGUUCUAAAUAUGUGAGUAGGAGUUAAUAUAAGUGAUAGCCUACUAACACUCAAAAAAGUGAUAUUUGAUAGAUUUUUUCUAGAUUUUCUAUGUAUAGAAAUUCAGUUGGAUUAAAGAUGGCGGACCAACAUUUUUAUUUGACAAACAAGUAGAGUCUUUCAUUCAAAUAGAAUCCCCAAUCAGAUCAAUCGUCAAAUUUCCCUUGUGAAAGAAAUAUUCAGCUAUUUCCAAACUUUUCACCAUCUCCGUAUAAGUGUCAAUCGUUUUCUUAUUCAAUAUAAUAUCAAGUUUAAUGGUAAUUAAUAAACGGUUAACCAUCACUCAUGACCAUUUAAUCCAAAUUCCUGGUCAAUUACGUACGGUACAUUAUUAUUAGCUGUACAGAAGAUGAAAUGUUCGUUGUAUACAAAGUAAUAAUUAAUAUAAUGUCCACUUUCAUUACUAAAUUAUCUAAUUACAGCACGGCCUAAUCAGUUCGAAAUAAAGUCUUAGUUUCCUCCAUCCAAGAGGAAUAUUAAUUAGCCAAUAUAUUAUCAAUUAUCAUUGAGCCUAUCGAUUUGAACAAUUGAUCAAUCAUCGAAAAGAAUAUGAAAAAUAUAAAAUUGUAUAAUAUAGUUAUAAGUUCUACUAUCAGGGAAAGUGUUCAAUCAGUUAAAAUAAAUUCACUAAAUGAAUAGAGUAAGUAAAUUCAAAUAUCUAGUUAUUGUAGUCGCAAUUAUAAUUCAUAAAAUAGAUUAGCUUAUUAGAAUUAUUAAAUAAUUGUGAACACCAAUACUCUCAUGUUCGGUUGCACCAAUCAACAUCAAUCUUAACUCUGAAUCAGCACUCAACAGCUGAUUCAAAAUAGUUGAACCCGGUUGGUGUACCCAGCAUAAGACUCUUAGAUAAGUGGAUAGGUUAAUUCCAACCCAAGAACAGAUACAUUCACCGCCUCUCAUGCCAUCUAAACAAUUCUAAUAUUUGUGAAUUCAUUUCUCACACUACAUGAAGUGAAUGUUGUCUUGCGUUCUUUCAUGUCUCUAGCAAACUGUUUUUCCAUUGUUGGUUAUUACAAUAGUGCGUGUAUCAACCUCUCAGUGCAACGAUUACAGUAAUUCAAUGAAAGCUUACUCAUUAUUUGAAGAACCAACAUUCUAUUUCCGGAACACAGUCCCAAACUCCACUGGUGGAAGCCUGAAGUAAAUAUUAUAUAUUGAUCGUCGGAAGAGCGAAGAGCGAUUAGGCCAACUCUUUGAUUUAAGAAUGCUUAGUGCAGGUCUUCGCUUCCAUGUCAACGGUAGGCCUAUAAAAGAACGAAACCACUACUAGAGCUUAAUACAGUUAUGAUAAAUCGCGUUAAUAACCAAUGGAUCAAAGACUUGCUAUUGAACUACAGAAUAUUUAUUGAUGCGAAACAUAACUUACUACUUUAAUAAUCUGCUCAGACAUAUUUCGUUUUAUUACUAGAUUAGCCUACUCAAGGAAUCUGCACAUUCCGACUCAAUACCAACACAGCAUCAAGUUAGUAUGAUAGCAAAAAAGUCUUACGAACAUGUAUCAAUUCCACACAUAUUCUUUAAAUCAAGUUUUCUUUGCUUUAUAUGGAAGAGUCUCUCAAAGUGCAACUGCAUAAUCUUUCCCUGACUUUGGGAACCAUCUUCAUUACAUGAAGUUCUUAUUGUAUGGAUUUUUGAAGUUGAUCUAUAUCAGCUUAUUCAAGAGUAGGCUUCCAAAAAAUAGCUUAAUCUGAAUAUUUGAUUUUUGAGACAAAAAAUAAACAUCCUAUACCUCCCUCGUCACCAUAUCCUCAUCCUCUGAAAUAGUAAAACAUUAAUUUUAUUUGAUGAAACCUCUAGGAACAGCUUGACUGGGAAUUAGACUAACUAGCCUUCUGUUGAAGCCUCCUCAAAGACAAGUUUCUUAUGGAAUGCAUAUAGCUUCGUUAAUAUUCUAUUGAUCUAUUUUCCCAUUAGUUUCUCCACAAAUUAGCACAAAAGUGCAAUAAAAUAUACAAACAAUUAUGCAUGUAUUAUCAAGACUUAGAUGAAAAUGAUAGGCUAUGAAAAGAACGGUUGAAACGAUCAUUUCAAUCAUUAUUCUCUUGUUUGUAGAAUGGAAUCCUCUCUCUUGAAUAUCUGUUUACUAAGAUAUGAAUUGAAGAUCCCAUCUGUUUAUUGUAGAGUAAGAAAUUGUACAGAAUUAAUGCAGGAUUUGAUAGGAAAAUUUAAUAGAGUACUGAGUAGAUCAAUCAAUUCAAUGGUUUAUCACAUAGAUUAAUAUAUAGGCCUACGUCACUGAAACAAGCAUCAUGUAGAUAUGCAUUCUUGAAUUCGGUUGUUUAAAUGAUGAUGCACAUUUUUUGGCAAAUGAACUUGAACUCUCAAAUAUCUAAUGAUUCUUUGAAAUUCGUCUUCGAAGGUACAGUUUGAAGGUGUAAGUAGCAGUACCUACUACAUUUUUUGUUAUUAUCACUCAAUUAUUAUUUAUUCCGAGUAUACAAAACUCAUUCAUCAUACAGCUAUGAACUGUAUUAAAUUUAAAAGAUGAUAUUUGGGUCUGAAUUAUUUUCAAGAAUUAGAUUUAGUAUACAUCUACAUAUGUAUGCAUCUUUAUAUGAAUAUAUAAGUAUAUUUAUAUACUUAUACAUAUUAUGAAUUAUUUAUAUAAAUUACAUUUAUGGUAUCCAAUAGUCUUACUUUUGUUUGAGAUAUAACUGGAAUAUUCAUCAGCAUGACUUUGAAAUUUGAAUAGAGCAGGCACCGUUAUGUAAAUGUCUGUAAGAUCGUCAUAUUUCUCAAUAUGUGUUGCUUUUUUAUGUUGCUCCAUUUCUUUCCAUGCAUUUCUUUCCCCUCAAUGUACUAUAAUAUUAUGUUCUAAAAAACUCUCAAUUUAGUGAUAAGAAGAUUCUAUUCGAGAUAAUUAUUCACAAUGGGCAAUAAUCGAAUAAUCACAUUUUUAAAUAUUGAUGUGGAGUUCUUGACUCAUGGGUGUUCAGUUGAGAAAAAAAUAGUUCAGCUGGUUGCUUGACUGCAACAUAUUUUUCCAUCUCUAUAAAAUAACAGUGACAAUUUAACCACAUUACAUUAAUUUUCUUGAGUAAGAAGGAGCUGCGAAAAUCUGGUCUGAUUCAAAAGAUCUGCAAGAAACUAGAAACUCUGGACAUGCUCUUCAUUUGCUUUCGAUUCCCAGAAGGGACGCACAAAAAAAUGUUUUAUUUCAUAGAUAUGAUAAUCAUUUCCUCUCUACAAUCAUGAUUGAAAGAAAUAAUUGAACUCUUACCGUCAGUGCUUGUAAAGGUAUAUAGAACUUGAUCAAUCUAGAGUCCAUGUAUCAAUAUCCAUUGCACAUAUACGUUACAUUAUACAUUCAAAACUCAGUAGAAUUUAUACACAUUACAAAAUUCCAGAGCGCUCAAAAAUAAUCUUAUUCCACUCAUGAGAUAUUUGGAAAUUCUCAAUUGAUUGGCAUAGCGAGUUGCGUAAUAAACAAUAACGUCCACAAAUGGAAUAUUAUCCAGCAGUAAGGAUGAGACACUUUAUUUCAAAGUUUUCUUUAUAACCUCCGACAGUUUAUACUCCUUGACAUGACAAAGCUUACACCGUGAAUUCAGUCAAAAAGUUCAUGGAAUAUAAAUAUAUGAUCUGAAAUGAAUCGAUGAGAUGAAUGAAUACGUUUGAAGAGAUAGUAGAAGAAGAUCCUACAAAUCGCCAUCAUAGCAUAUAUAACUUGCAGAUUAACCCGAGCUCAAUAGGUCAACACGAUAUUCUAGCUGCCAAAACAAACAAAAAACGCUAUUCCCUAGAGGAGUCAAAUGCAAUUUCAUUUUCAAGUAGGUAUCCCCUAAAUCGUUUUUCGUUUCAAGAGUGUUUUUGGAGCUCCUGAUUGCCAAUGUAGCUGGCCUGAAAUGGUCACCCGUCCAACGGGACAGCAAAGCACUCAUUGUUACUUCAUCGAAUAGCAUUGAUUUUAUACCAUGCUCACCUUGGUAGUCAAGAUUGGCCUAAAGAUUGUACAAAAAAUAUUAUAUUUUUGGAAUUGUUUUAGCUUUUAUAUUUAAUAUUUCUCGAUUUCCAUUUCACAUAUUUUUAUUUGUAAAAUGUAUUUUUGUUAUAAUGCUCCAGCAGUUUCGCCUUGGAUAUAAAUAUGGAAAUUAUGAUAUGCAUAACACGAUUCAUAUUCUUGAGCUUGUAAAAUAUGUCGUCAAAAGGAAGUUGAGUCAUCCAGUUCAAGUAAUUACGUACAAAAGUUUUAUUGAAAUAUGUAUGAUUUUAAACUACAAUAAUAAAUUAAUUCCAAUCUUAAAACAAAAUAGACAUCAACGCCCAAUGUAUAAGUACUUCAUUAGCUUUUUUCAGGGAGUGAAUUCACACGCGUUGAACAGCGGUUAUCACUCCAGUCAAAAUCAAUCCUUGAUAAAUUUUGGUAGGCUACAGGUAAAUGGUUUUAAAGGUGAUGGUUAAUAUAUGAUUCAAGUGAUACUCUCAAAUGUUGAAAAUAAUGAGCUUCUCUCAUUAUCUGUUGUAACGUUAUGUGGUACGGUAUAUUAGCAGAACUUGUAUAGCACAUAAAUUCAGUGGAAUACUUUUGUGGAAUCAAAACUCAUUUUUUUUAUACAAAUUCAAGAUGAAGUAGAAGAAACUGAGAAAUAGUCUAUUUUGAUCAAUAUGAAAUGGCAAUAAUAAUGGAAACUGAUGGAAUAAAAGAAUUUGAGGAAAUUGAAAUUUCAAAUCUCAUGAUAUCAUAGGAUAAGUCAGUACAAAGAAGUACUGAAUGACAGGAUAACAAUGGAAACUUGACUAACGUGAGUACCUUUUAUUGCUAGGAAGGUAAUAGGGCAUUUUAAUUAAUGAAACAAUAUAAAAUCUUUAUUGUUUAUUGACCUAUUAUUAUAUAAUUAUGUACUUGAUGAAAUGUAAUGUUGUGAAAAUUGAUAUUUAAAACUUAAAUAUUAUUGUUUAUUAAUAUUUAAACUUUAUAUUGUUUUAUUAAUUUAAAAAGUAGCCCAUGUGAAUGAAGUGUUUUCAUUGUACUUAAUUUUGCCACCUCCGGGGUUGUACAACCUAAAAUGCCCCUCACUGAUUUAGCAGACUGCUAUAUUUUAUUACCCUCUAUAGUUCAUUUUCUAUUAUUUGAAAUUGUUAUUGUUGGUUGAAGCCCACUCAAGCAAAAUAAAUAAUAUCAAAUAUUAAACAAUGACCAUCACAAUGCAACCAGUAAAGAAGAAAUUACAUCAAUGAAUUAUGAGUACCAUUAAAUUUUAGCUCCACCUUAACGUUAUGUCGUUUUCAAUGAGAAGCCAAUAUGCAUACAAGCUCAAAUUGUGUUUCCAUAAAUAUUUUUAAAAAAAUCAUGUUAAGCUCAAAUAUAAUAUUAUUCCAGAACUAAAUUAUAAUAUUAAUAGACGCAGCUCUUAAACAUUAUUAGUAAGAGAGAUUCAAACAAUACACGCACAUUGUGACAGAAGUAUUCUAUCUAGUAAGUAACACGAAAUAUAAUGAGUACCAAGGUCAAUAUCAAUGUGGAAACAUUAAUAUUUCAAUAUUUUCGAGCAGCUAAACUGAGGCGUGAGGCCUAUACUCAGAGAGUAUAAAGGUACGUUCUAUACUCUCUGCCUACUAGACUUCAGUUCCUUGUCAAAUAUGUUUUCUGUGACCCUAUUUUUAGCCUACACAUGCAAUUUCCAUAUUUCAUAUUUAAGUAUAGUAUAAUCAGUAAGUUCUAAUUAUUAUUAUUUAAGAAUGAAUAAAUCAUAAUAUUAUGAUAGUAAUAAAUUAUAUGGAAUAUACAAUUCAAAAUCCAUUCCAACUGUUUAUGUAGUUACGGUAUUCAGUCUAUUGAGCUAAGACAAUUUUUUUUCAAAUGCAUUUAGUACAACUAUUAAAUAAUCAAUAUUAAGACAAGGUAGCAUAAUUUAUUCUAUAAUCGUAUGGUGUCACUCGAGUUAUAUCGAUAAUAGAUCUUUAAUAUAGCAAUAGCAUUUGAGCCGGCCUAGCUGCGUUGCAAUUUCAAUCUACUAUCGUAAUGUCGUAUCGAGCAAAGGAGAUGCCUGGUCGUGAAUUCGAAUCUAACGGAUCUCUUGUUGUUUGAUAUUGUCACCCAUACACAUAAAAAGCUUAUGAGAGCAAAAUCCAGAAAAACAUUGAUUCACAUGACUAGAUGUAAACAAACCCGCCAUCUUUAAAGCUGGUGAAUUGUUGCAAAUCUUAUUGAUUCAAUUAUAGCAAUGUGUAUGGAAAACUACCAAGUUUUCUAAUGGAAUUAUGGGACUCUCUGUUAGUACUAAUUUUAAUAAGCUCCUAAUUUUCAAUAUACUCUCUUAUAUCGUGCUGUUUUGAUUCACUGGGAAAAUGUUUAAGGGAUAAUAAAAAAAGUGGAGAAUGGUAAAUUGUUGAAUGAUUAUAGAUUUUUUCGUAAUAAGGUUGAUAUAGUGAAUCAAGAUGUUUUACAACCUGUACAACUAUUCUCUGGCAUAUUUUAGUUUACAAGCAGUGUAAUAGGUACCGUACCUACAAAGUAGGUAAGGUAUAAACAUACACAGUUCUUUUCGAACUAUUUGAUAUUCCUCGAUUUUAUAACACGAAAAUAUUAUUGAAUGAAUCUCCCACUCCUGUAACAACAUAAAAUAACAAUUGAAUUGCCAUAAAGGGCAGUUGUCAUAUAGAGUGGGUGAAAAGUCCAAAAACGGCUUAAUAUCUUAUACACAAAGGUAAUUUGACGAUGGAUAUGAUUGGUGAUCCUACUUGAAUUUAAAAUACUACUUUACCAUGACUUAAAAAAUCUGGUCUGCCAUCUUUGAUCCGCCAACUUCAUUUUUUUUUUUAAUAUGAAGGUGGCCAUGCGAUAAAUGAUUUCGAUAUGGAAUUUCAAGACAGAAUGAAUGGCAAAGAAGACCGCACAUUGAUAUCUCAAGCCUUUAGGGAGAUAUUCACAUUAUCAAUCAAUACCAUGCAAAUCAUAAAUAUGGAAUACAUAAGUAGUAUUGAUUAAUAAUGAGAAUAUUUUCUAAACGAUUUGAUAUAUCGAUGUGCGGUUUUCGCCAUUAAUUUUCUCUUGAAAUUCCGUAUUGAAAUCAUGUAUCAACCUUCCUAUUUAAAAAAAAGUUGCAUUCAAAAUGGCGGAUCCAAGAUGGCGGAACCAA